AACCUGUCCUACUGAUCCCCAGAAAGAAAGACCGUUAACUCAGAUCUUGGGUUCUUUCUCUCUAUUCUUCUCGAUCGAAUGAUCGAUCAGUUCCUUUUCUCAGAAUUCGAAAAGCGAAACUGAAACCCUAAUUCCACAGCCUCGAAAUAUUGAGCUCGGGGUCAGUUUUAAUGGCUGGGACCUUCGAUACUUAUGUGUGUUAUUCUUGAAUGUCAUUUUGAACACUGGGAUUUCGGCUUGCAGGCUUUACAUUCAUUUGUUCGUUUUUAGCAGUUGAAAAGCGACAGGGAAUGAAGAUGUGGCCUAAGUUAGGGUUAUCGGUUUUGAUUCUUUUUCUCAUUGUAGUUCCGUCGGAAUCUGCGGUUUCGAGCAUAGAUCUAGGUUCAGAGUGGAUGAAAGUGGCGGUUGUAAACCUCAAGCCCGGGCAGAGUCCGAUUUCUAUAGCAAUUAAUGAGAUGUCAAAGAGGAAAUCUCCGGCAUUAGUUGCAUUUCAAGGUGGCAAUCGCCUGGUUGGAGAAGAAGCAGCUGGAAUUAUCGCUAGGUACCCUGAUAAGGUCUAUUCACAAGUUAGAGAUAUCAUCGGAAAGCCGUUUAAGUACGUGAAGGAUCUUAUGGAUUCGUUGUACCUGCCGUUUGAUCUGGUGGAGGAUUCCAGAGGCACAGCAGGAAUUAGGACCGAUGACGGCGUUACUGUUUAUUCGGCGGAAGAGUUGGUAGCAAUGGUGCUAAGUUAUGGCCUACAUUUGGCGGAGUUUCAUUCGAAGGUGCCGAUUAAGGAUGCAGUUAUUACGGUGCCGCCCUACUUUGGGCAGGCGGAGCGGAAAGGAUUGCUUCAAGCAGCACAAUUGGCUGGUAUUAAUGUGCUAUCUCUUAUCAAUGAGCACUCUGGUGCAGCACUCCAGUAUGGGAUCGAUAAGGAUUUCUCCAAUGAGUCACGGCAUGUUAUAUUCUAUGACAUGGGUUCAACUAGUACUUACGCUGCUCUUGUGUACUUCUCGGCUUAUAAUACUAAGGAGUAUGGGAAGACAGUGUCGGUCAAUCAAUUCCAGGUUAAAGAUGUCAGAUGGAACAUGGCACUUGGGGGUCAAGAUAUGGAAAUGCGUUUGGUGGAGUACUUCGCAGAUGAGUUCAAUAAUCAAGUUGGGAAUGGGAUAGAUGUAAGGAAGUCCCCUAAAGCAAUGGCUAAAUUGAAGAAACAGGUUAAACGCACCAAAGAAAUUUUAAGUGCAAAUACCAUGGCUCCAAUGUCAGUUGAAUCACUUUAUGAUGAUCGUGAUUUUAGAAGCACAGUAACUCGGGAGAAAUUUGAAGAUCUUUGUGGAGACCUGUGGGAGCAAUCUCUUCUGCCUGUGAAAGAAGUGAUCAAGCAUUCAGGUUUGAAUGUUGAUGAGAUAUAUGCAAUAGAGCUGAUAGGCGGUGCCACUCGCGUGCCAAAGUUACAGGCUAAACUCCAGGAAUUUCUUGGGAGGAAAAAUCUGGACAAACAUCUGGAUGCUGAUGAAGCUAUUGCACUUGGAGCAUCACUUCAUGCUGCAAAUUUAAGUGAUGGAAUCAAGUUGAAUCGCAGGCUAGGAAUGAUUGAUGGUUGUUCAUAUGGUUUUAUGAUUGAGAUUGAUGGGCCAGAUCUUUUAGAAGACUAUAGCAGUAAACAGCUACUUGUAACACGAAUGAAGAAACUUCCCAGUAAGAUGUUUAGGUCUAUUAAUCAUAACAAGGACUUUGAAGUUUCUCUCAGUUAUGAGAGUGCAGAUCUACUACCACCUGGCAUUUCUUCUGAUAAAUUUGCCCACUAUGCAGUUUCUGGUCUGACAGAUGCUAGUGAGAAGUAUUCAUCUCGCAAUCUGUCAUCUCCUAUCAAGGCAAACCUGCAUUUCUCUCUCAGUAGAAGUGGAAUACUUUCUUUGGAUCGUGCAGAUGCCGUCAUUGAAAUUUCAGAAUGGGUAGAAAUUCCUAAAAAGAAUUUGACUGUGGAGAAUUCAACUACUGUUACUGCUAAUGUAUCACUUGAAUCUAGUGCAGUAAACACCUCGGAAACAAUGAAGGAUGACAUGCUCAAUGAUGGUGCAAUUGCUAACACAUCGAAUUCAAACUUGGAAGAGCAAACUAGCAUAGAUUCUGUGACUGAAAGAAAACUGAAGAAGAGAACUUUUAGGAUUCCACUGAAGAUAGUUGAAAAAACGAUGGGCCCUGGAAUGUCUCUUUCUAAAGAAUCUUUUUCUGAAGCAAAACAUAGACUGGAGCAACUUGACAAAAAAGAUGCGGAGCGAAGAAGAACUGCAGAGCUUAAAAAUAACUUGGAAGGAUACAUAUAUGCUACUAGAGAAAAGCUUGAAUCAUCUGAAGAGAUUGAAAAAAUAUCAACAUCCCAGGAACGUCAAUCCUUUGUUGAGAAGCUUGAUGAGGUGCAAGAAUGGCUGUAUACUGAUGGUGAAGAUGCUUCAGCAACUGAGUUCCAGGAACGCCUAGAUUUUUUAAAAGCUAUUGGUGACCCAAUAUUUUUCAGAUUAAAUGAGCUUGGUACACGACCAGCAGCAUCUGAACAUGCUCGAAGAUAUCUUGGUGAGCUGAAACAGGUACCUGAGAUAGUUAGUGGUUGUAAUUUGAAAUGUAGUAAGGUUCCAGUUGAUUUGAAGGUGGGAACAACUCCAUUUAAUUUGUGUGAAGUCCCAGAUAAGUCUUUGCCUGAGUUGAAAUUGGAGUCUUAG